AAAUUAGUAAAAAUAAUUAAAGAAUAUCUCCCCACAAAACCCUCUGUUCGUCUUUCAGUCUGUGUCCCCUCUUAUAGCUCUUCGUUCGCAGUCCACUUCCUCGUCACCACUAUAACCGCCGUCCCCCGCCGCCGCCAUGAACCUCUCCUCCUCCUCCUGCUCUUCUCUUGGACUUGAGUCCAAUCCCAUUUCCAGCAGAGCAGCGGUGUCUUCAGCUGCGGUUUUAUUCGCUAACCACAAAAGGGCAGCAAAUGUCAAUGGGCUCCUUGGAGUUAGGAAACCAUUUGUGAAGUUCCCGGCCUCCUCUGCAAUAACGUGCUCUGCAUCAUCCAAGCCCGUGGGAGCUGUGGCGGAGAAAGACCAGAAGAAGGUGGUGGGUGAGUCUGGGUCGAGUGCUCUGGGUAGAAUUGAGUCGCUGAGUCAGGUUUCUGGAGUGCUGGGUUGCCAGUGGGGUGAUGAAGGUAAGGGGAAGCUCGUCGAUAUAUUGGCCAAGCAUUUCGACGUCGUUGCCCGUUGCCAGGGUGGAGCUAAUGCUGGACACACUAUCUAUAACUCAGAAGGAAAGAAGUUUGCUCUGCACCUUGUUCCUUCCGGAAUUCUGAAUGAGGAAACUACCUGUGUGAUUGGUAAUGGGGUGGUGAUCCACCUGCCAGGAUUCUUUAAAGAAAUAGAUGGCCUUGAAUCUAAUGGAGUCUCUUGCGAAGGAAGGAUUUUGGUCUCAGAUCGUGCUCAUUUGUUAUUUGAUUUGCAUCAAAUUGUUGAUGGACUUAGAGAAGCUGAGCUUGCCAAAUCUUUUAUUGGAACUACUCGAAGAGGCAUUGGGCCUGCUUAUUCAAGCAAAGUUAUUCGUAAUGGUAUAAGAGUAAGUGACUUAAGGCACAUGGAUACUUUUCCCCAGAAGCUUGAUCUUUUAUUAUCAGAUGCAGCUUCAAGGUUCCAAGGUUUUAACUAUGGCCCUGAAAUGCUCAGGGAAGAAGUUGAGAAGUACAAGAGAUAUGCUGAGAGGUUGGAACCGUAUAUUACUGAUACUGUGCAUUUCAUGAAUGAAACCAUCUCUCAACAAAAGAAGGUUUUGGUGGAAGGCGGUCAGGCAACCAUGUUAGAUAUUGACUUUGGAACUUAUCCUUUCGUAACCUCUUCUAGUCCUUCAGCUGGUGGGAUCUGUACCGGUCUUGGGAUUGCACCUAAAGCAGUUGGUGAUCUUAUUGGAGUGGUUAAAGCCUACACCACAAGGGUUGGUUCUGGCCCAUUUCCUACUGAAAUCUUGGGAAAAGGUGGUGACCUUCUUAGGUUUGCUGGACAAGAGUUUGGUACAACAACUGGCCGCCCUCGUCGAUGUGGUUGGCUUGAUAUUGUUGCAUUGAAAUACAGCUGCCAAAUCAAUGGUUUUUCUGCACUGAACCUCACCAAACUUGAUGUUUUGUCAGACCUUCCUGAAAUUCAGUUAGGUGUUGCUUAUCAGGUUGAUGGCACGCCAGUUAAAUCAUUUCCUGCUGAUCUUCGUCUUUUGGAGCAAAUCAAGGUUGAAUAUGAAGUUUUGCCGGGGUGGCAGUGUGAUAUUUCUUCUGUCAGAAACUACUCGGAUCUACCAAGGGCUGCACAACAAUAUGUCGAAAGGAUAGAAGAACUUGUUGGAGUACCGGUCCACUACAUUGGUAUCGGUCCAGGACGUGAUGCCCUCAUAUACAAAUGAUUUUUUGGGCUUGUGCUUGUGUCGCCUUGAUACAAUUCUCUGUCAAGGACAUGGCCGGAUUAAUUUCUCCCUUUUUUUGGGGGGCUUGAUUUUUGGUUUAAGCAGUUUGUUAGUUUGGUAACAUAAAGAAUGUUGUAAAGGUUUUGUAACCAUUUCUGGAGGCUGUCAUGAGUUUUUCCGCUACUAUCGGAUCCCUUUAUCUUUGUAGGCUGGUGACUCUUUUGAACCCCGGAUGCAGCUGUUUCUUUCUGUCUAGAACCAUGGUCGUCGACGAAGUGGCCUCAGCUCUUAUUCACAGGACACUUUUCCGGUAGCUUCAUAUUACUGAUGGGGAAAAUCUCAUCUUAGAGCUUCAUUUUGUAUUCUGCUCUUGACAGGAGCACUAACUGGCUCGUAGUUUAGUUUUAUCUUCAGCAGGGUGCCAAGUUGAAAUAAACUACAUCUUCCUUCUGCAAGAAUGUUUGCUCAAUUUUACAAAAUUUCGUUUGGUUGAAUGUUUUGUGAACUUGUGUGUCUGCAGCAACAUCAUCCUAACUCUCUACAACUAGUCUUCCACUCUCACUGUAAUGCAUUACGCCUCCUCUGCUCCUGUCUUGCUGCUGCCAACAUGAUCUAAUCGAUAUACCUUGC